AAUAGUAUAAUGUGAUUUGUAUAUUGUAAUAACUAUUACUUUGUUUGUAUAAAAUUCUAAUUUCAGUAUUUUGUAGUAACUAUUUUAUAGUUUUUUUUUUGUUUUUAUGUAAUUUUGGAUUUUUUUUAGUUAUUGUAUUUGUUGGACUACUUUUUUAGGAAUGUCACGUUCAAUUGUAUUUGGAAUACACGUCGGAAACUCAACCGCAUCAAUAGCCAUCUCCAAAGAAGAAGGUAAGGUGGAUGUUCUUGCAAACGAAGCUGGAGACAGAAUAACACCUGCAAUUGUAUCUAUAACUGAUGAAGAAACUGUUGUUGGAAAUGCUGCAAAAACUGGUUUUAUAUCAAAACAAGCUAAUACAAUAACUUUUAAUAAUCGUUUAAUGAACCUUUCUUUGGACGAAAAUGAGAAACGUUCACUCAUAGAAAAUAAUAAAGUCAAAACUAUUGAAGACGGAGGUCAUCUUGCAUACGAAUUACCCUUGGACACUAAAAAGAAAAUUUAUUCUCCUCAAUUCAUUGAAUCAAAUAUUUAUAAAACAUUGUAUGGUAUUGCUAAAAGAGCCACUCACAGUGAAGAUACAAAAUGUUCUUGUGUUGUAACUGUACCAGAAUUUUUUGAUGAUCCAAGUAGAGAAUCAGUUAGAAAUGCAGCGAUUCAAGCUGGAUGGAACGUGCUUCAAGUCGUGAAUGCUCCUAGUGUAACUCCUUUUACUUAUGGAAUUAAUGUUACAGAACCUUUAAAUGAUACGUAUAUUUUAGUAUAUAGACUUGGAGGUAUUAGUUGUGAUGCAACAGUUUUAUACGUAAAUUCUGGUUUAGUGUCAAUUGUAGCAUCUGAACAUACUAAGGCUAUUGGAGGAUAUAAAUUAAUAGAAACACUGAAAGCUCAUUUAAUUGAAGAAGUUAAAAGGAAACAUCGAUCAAAUCCCUCAGAAAAUGCAAGAGCUUCUGCAAAGUUACAAAGAGCUACUGAAGAUGCAGUUCAUUUAUUGUCUACAUUAAAAACAGCAAAUAUAUUUAUUGAAUCAUUGACUGAUGGAAUUGAUUUUGCUGCCUCAGUUUCACAAGCAAGAUUUGAAUCAUUAAUUGCUCAUUUGUUGACUGAUUUUGCUUUGCCUAUUGAAGUUGUUUUAAAGAAAGCUAAUCUUAAAACUUCAGAUAUUAAAAAAGUUUUACUUUGUGGUGGUCCACUCAAAAUACCAAAGUUGAAACAUUAUAUUGGAAACUUAUUCCCGCAUGCAGAUAUACCAAAUGGUAUUAGUCCUGACGAAGUAUUGGCUUACGGGGCGGCUGUACAAGCUAGUUUCUUAGCAAAAUAUUGGAAUACACAUGAUGAUUUACCAGAACCUACCACAGAAGUUCACACAUUAAAUGAAUUAAUAGAAAUUGAUUGUUGUGGGAAAACUUUAAGUUUUGAUCAAAAUGAAAUAUUACCUAGUACAAAAAGUAUAACAACUAGUGUUAAUGUUGAUAAUAUUACUCUUACAGCUACAUCAGGAAAUAAUAAGAGUAAUAAAUCUGAAGCACAUAUAAAUUUGAAAACAGAAGGAGAAAUUACUUUUACAUUAACUGCUAGCGUAGAUCAAUUGCACGUUGAAGCAAAAAAUAUGGACACCGAAUUAAAAUCAUCUGCUAUAUUUGUAGCUGUUUAACUUGUUUUACAAUAUACAAAAUUGCGCAUUCUA